AUGUCUUCGUCAUCUAACAGCAAUGGUCAACUCGUUAAUGCAUUGGACGCCAGAGCACAAAGAUACCACAAUAGAGCUCUUGGACAAGUUCUCCCAAAUACCCAUACUGGAAAAAGAACACAUUCCAAGAAUCAAGGAAAUGACCAAGAAAACCAAGAGCCCCGUCAGAAGAGAUCAACUCCAGAUGCCUCGCAGCCAGGACCAUCGAAUCGUGGUACUCCAGAAGCUCCGAUCGUUGCUGCAGAUUUCACUAGAGCAGUGAUCAUUGUCAGCGCUGAUCAAAAAUUCAAGCAAGAAGUCGAAAGUGAUCGGGUCCAAGUAAUCGAGCGAUUCGAGGCGCAGAUUCCACAAGAUUGUCAAGAAGAAGGAUCAUGGAGUCGCCAAGGAGCCGAGUACCCAGGGAUUCCGUCAAGAAAGCUUUGCAAGGUGGAUAUCGAAGCUAAUGGAGUUGUAGGGGAAGGAGUUGUGCAGGCAGCUUAUGAGAUCCACAACACUCCCUCACAAGCGCUCGUCCUCCACCAAGGCCGCACUUGCCUCACCAUGUCCUCCGCGCACACAGCCGAGUUUUCCAGCGCCAUCAGAGACAGACUGGUGCUCAAGAACCGAUUCCUGGACACCAUGAAGAGAGCAAUCGGAAGGGACCUCGUCAAUCGUGAAAAGUAUUUGAAUAAGGAAAUCCUAGAGAAUCCGGAUCACCCAUUCUGGAUGUACCAGGAUCUUUCAUUCUUCCACUCGAAGGCCGCAGGAUAUCAAAUUCUGUACAUGUGCUUGAAGAAUCAAAUUGUGGCGCCACCAAGAUUCUCGUACACCCCGGUUAACAUGUUCACAAAAAGUGCAUACAAUGUGUGGAAGAACAACGCGGCCAACAAGAGAUUUGACGAGUUGAAGAAAGUGAGCAUCAGAGGAUCGAAGAAGGCCACCGUGUGUGAGAACCCAUCAGGAUGCGUGUGCAAUCAGCGGUUCGCCGCUCUCUACGAUGAUAAGGCCACCCAGUUCCUCUACAAAGCCGAUGGCCUCCUCAACCUGAAAGACUACAAUCCCGCAGUGAGCCGACUCGUGAUGGAAUGCUCCGACGCCUGCGGAUGCUCCAUCAAUUGCCCCAACCGCCAACUGCAACGAGGACGGAACAAGGCGUUGGUGGUCUACCAUGAGGAUGAGCUUCGAGGAUUUGGUCUCCGCGCCGCUGAGCCUAUCAAAAAGGGCGAACUUAUCACCCAUUACGCCGGAGUAAUCCACACGAUAAGUAAGGAAGACCACAAGAAUCGUCAGAUCUCAUAUGACGCGGAGCUGACAAUGUUCAGCAAGCGUCUUGUGAUUGCAUCGGACACUGUGGGCAACGUGGCUCGAUUCCUUGGCCACGCUUGUAGUCCCUCCGCCGUAUUCAUGGAGACUUACAGUAGGAAAUCGGAGAUGAAUAUUGUGGUCCCACAAAUUGGUGUCUAUGCGCUGAAGGAUAUCAAGAUUGGCGAAGCGGUCUCAAUUUCUUAUUGGAAAAAGGACGAUCUAAGAGAGAAAAAGGGCGUGAAACAAGUGAAGUGUGGAUGCAAGGUCGGGUGCAAGAGUUGGAUUAAAAGUGUCUCCACAGUGAACUCCUCGAUAGCCCCGACUCGUUUCUUCAUUUUGUAUCCGGUGAAUCCAGCACCGGCCACGCCCAUUGUGGUGCCUAGGACUGCUGCUCCAGCGGUAGUUGCUAGGCCAGCGACGGCGGUCCCUCCACCUAUGAGCAUUCCAGCUGAUGCUGCGACGAGGGGAGCCGCGAGGCCUCCGGUGAGCCCGAUAAGGACUCCGCCAACUCCACCAGCUGCUCCGAUCAUCAGGUAG